GUGUGGAAGCAGAAACACAUCCAAGAUGGACACCGCGAAUGCAGGACAUAUGAUGAGCUUAGCGGCUCUACAGCGACAAGACCCGUACAUAAACAAACUUCUCGACGUUACCGGACAAGUUGCCCUCUACAACUUCAAUUCUAAAUCAAACGAAUGGGAGAAAACUGAAAUCGAAGGAACACUGUUUGUAUAUGAGAGGUCAGCAUCCCCUCACCAUGGCUUCACCAUCAUGAACAGACUAAGCACAGAAAAUCUGGUGGAACCAAUAAACAAAGACUUGGAAUUCCAGCUGCAGGAUCCUUUUCUUCUCUACAGGAAUGGCAAUUUGGGGAUCUACAGCAUAUGGUUCUAUGACAAGAAGGACUGCCAGCGCAUUGCUCAGCUGAUGGUCAAGAUCGUUAAACAAGAAGCUGAUCACGCACAGAGACGGUCACCAGACAGGAUGGAACUGAGGAGAACCAAUGGUGUUGCAGAACCACGUCCCACUGACAUCCUGGAACUGCUCAGCAAAGCCAAAGAAGAAUACCACAGAGCUCAGGUGGGUGAUACAGAUGUUUCAACAGAUGCGAAGGUACAAUUACCUGCAGAGAAAAAGAUGGCAAAAUCUGAAAAGAGCACUCACACAGUUGUGAAGCAGAUCACCGUAGAGGAAUUGUUUGGUUCCUCCCUCCCCAAGGAUCCUUCUCUACCCGCAAUGCCAUCCCAAAACACAGUCACAGCAUCCAGUGAUCCUUCUCCAGUCUACCUUCAGAAACAGUCGUACCCUACACCAGUUCACCAGAACGCAAUGCUCCCUCCACACUUCAAAAGUCAAGGGCCAGGAUCAGACCAGCGACUCCCAUCCCAAGGUCUCCUGCCCGUACCCUUCACUCUCCAUCCCAGCACAGUUUUCCAGCCGGUCGGUGUGAGACCAGAGCCGCAAAGUCUUUGUUCAGCUCAACCUGUCAUGGUUCCAACCGCUACUUCAGAGACUCUCCCAGGACUCACUGGGCCCGCAGCACCGCCAGCAGAUCCGGGGGCCUAUUUCGGGCAGGAGAUAUUGAACGCACUUAAGCCAUCUGCACAGCCUGUGAACUCUGAUUUUCCGAAGCCAAUCUUGGCCCCCAGCUUCCUGCCGAGCACUCUGGUUCCACCUCAAAACUUCCAAGAACCCAUGAGCAAACCUGUUCACACUCCCGGGAAGGAUCUGGAUCCUUUCUGUAACGUCCCAAGCCUGAUCAAACCGAUACCUGCUCUUCCAGUCAAUCCAUCUCUUCCUGGGUCAGAAAUGUCUGUUCUCCUCUCCCCAAGCGCCUUUCAGCAGGCCAACAGUAAAGCUGCAGUAGUGGUCCCCCCUGUCCCUUCUGAGCUGCCCACCACCUCUCUUGGGGCUCUGGAGCCUCCGAAACCUCCCUGCAGCCGAACACAACUUCAGGAGACUUUGAUACAUCUUCUUAAGAACGAUCCAGACUUCGUAGACACCAUUCAUGACGCUUACAUCAGGAGUAUUUCCAAGGACUUCAGCAACAUAAAACUAUAGUCCAAACUUGGGUCACCUCCUGAACCUUCAGCUCCACCUGAGACAUCUCUGUAAGGGAAGUUCACCAAACAGGUUUUGACAUUUAAAAACAAUGGAUCUUUUCUUUUCCGAGGAUGACUACAACUCUCUCUAAUUUCUUUACCCAUGUUUACAUUUUUUUCUAAAUGUUGCCACGUGUAUUGUGUGGGACAAUUUCUUUGGAGACUGGCAGCCCAGCUUGUCGGUUUUUGCUGAUUUCGUAGUUUUGUGGGAUCGAAUGCCAUGUUGUGACCUCGGAAACACUCAUUUGGACGGCACAGCAUGUUGUUCGAGGUAAUCAGACUUGUCCACUUACCUCCAUAGUUCCCAUCUUAAACCUCAGAACUAACACCAGCCCUUUGUCGACAAACUUUGUGGGAUUAAGCAGACUUUUAUUUUCAUAAUUUCAAUUUAACUUUGGAUAUUUUGGUACACGAAGCGUCCCACACUGGUCUCCGGUAAUGUGCUACUUGUCCUCUUGGUGAUUGUUUUAAACAAACAAGAUUUUUAGAAGCAGCACUUGCAGCAAGAUGCUUGCGGUCCGUUUUCGUGUUCUGACAUGGUAUCGGAGUGCGCAAGCUUUCUGCCCGCCCAAGUAAAAUGAAGAACCCGAUCAAUUCUUAAGCGUUCUGGGUAACACUCUUCAUGCAAACAUUUUGCAGUAAAACUCUACUGCAGAAAAUGGAAGUGACCUGCUGGUCAUGCUCAUUAGACACGGAUCAAUUUUGUUUUAUUUGAGAAAAUAAACUUCAUAAAUGUUCUGCUUUUGAUGAUGCAAAAGGAGAAAAAAUUAAGCACCUGUUUUGUUUUGUUUUUUCUUUCACUUGACAAACUUCAAAUAGAAACUAUUGAAAAUCAAUGUAAUGUAAAGUAGUUUUGACCAAAUUAGCCGUUUGAUUCUUCAUAUACUUUUAUUUAAAUAAGAUCCAUUUAAAGAAAAGUGCAUGUUGAGUCGCCUUCACCAGAUUUUUACGGCCUUCUGUCGCUUUGUUGUCAUGAUUUUAAUUUACAACUACAAACCGAAGUAAAGUCGCGAAGCUGUUAGUAAAAUAUGUUGCACUUAUCAGUCGGAGUUCUCUUCAGUAACACCUGUAUGGAAGGAAACAUUUGGACUUUUAAAACAAUAACACACAUUUUUAAGGUUUUAAUGUUUUACAUUUCUGUGUAGUUUAUCUUCAUCUGAAUUUGUUUGUUUUUCCAAGUUACCAUCUGGUCAAGUCUUGCAAUUACCUUUUCUAUUAUCGAUGUCAACAGUUUAGUUCAUUUUGAUUAUUUUUGAUAUUAAAGGUUUGAAAUUAACGAGUGUCUGUUUUGUUUCCUCCCCUAAUGUAUUAUUUCUUUUCUCGGACUGACAGCUUUUUUUUGACCUGCAGGCGAGGAUCAAAGGUGGACUUUCUUUUAAAGUGUGACUUUGGAAUACUGUUGUAAAAUUGAUGGAAAUGUUAGGUAAGGUUGUUAGUGUAAAAUAUAUUUUCAUAUGUUCUUCCCUCACCUGCCUAAGUGACUUGCCUUUAGUUGCGUCUGAACUUGGUGUUUCUCCAGAGAGACUAAAUCUGAAUUUAAACGCGAAUUAUUGGUUGUUUUUAUCGCAAAUCCAUUCAAAAAUUUGAUUUCUUUACUGUUCAAAACCGUUCCAGUUGUCUAUAUGAGAUUUGUCCACCAGAUGUCAGCAAAUACCCACUUUUAGAUUUUGUGUGGUUCGUUUACUUAAUGUUUGCUUUGCGCCAACAGUAUACACAAUAUUAGAUUACCAGGUUAAAUGGAUCAAAUAUGUUUAAUUAUAUUUUGAAAAUUUUGUUUUGAGGUGAGAAAUUGUUUGAAGGUUAUUGUGCAAAACGUUCAACAGCCAUACCUGUACGUGUACAAUGUUAGAAAAGAACAGGGGAGAGCUUCAACACUCUGGGAUGUGUGUGACCUGUUCGUCCUGCUGCGGGUCACACAUAGGUCAUCAUCUCAAUAUCUUCUUAAUCUCAAUCUGAAGCUCCUUCAGUAGAAAAUGCCAUUACCUUAGAUUAGACCAAGCAAUCCUUUGACAUGCAAUGGUGUCACUCCUAUAGCACGAGAGGUCGUCGGGUUCUGAACUGAAAUCCUCCUUUGACAUUUUAUGUUUGGAUUUUUUUUUCAUGGAGGU